CGGACGUGGUUCCGUAGGAGGAGCGUACGCGUUACACCUAAACACACUGGGGCCCUGCGGACAGUGGCCUGACAACGGUUCUCAGGGAUAUGUUUCCAAACAACAGACCAAGAGGAACAAGAGAAGCCUGAAUUCCCCAGGAUAAUAUAAGAUAACAGCGUUACUUGUUGAGAACACGAAAUUAUACCAAGAAAGCCUGAACUGGCUGGACAAGAUUGUUGUCAAACAUGGAGUUUCCAGAUUUGGGAGAGCACUGCUCUGAGAAGACCUGCAAACGUUUAGAUUUUCUUCCAAUGAGAUGUGAUGCUUGUCAGGAGAUUUUCUGCAAAGAUCACAUAACCUAUGCAAAUCACAAAUGCACAUCUUCCUACAAAAAAGAUGUCCAGGUCCCAGUGUGUCCCUUAUGUAACAUCCCAAUUCCCAUCAAGAGAGGAGAGAUGCCUGACAUUAAAGUCGGUGAACACAUUGACCGGGAUUGCAAAUCAGACCCUGCACAGAGAAAGAGAAAGAUUUUCACAAAUAAAUGUUCUAAAGGAGGCUGCAAGCAGAAAGAGAUGAUACGAGUGACCUGCGAUCAAUGUCAUCUGAACUACUGCCUCAAACACCGGCACCCUUUAGACCAUGACUGUAAGACUGAUGGGAAGCCUCUGUCCAAAGCGGGACAUGCCGCUACUAUGAGGACCCAAGGUGCUUCCUCUGCCUCUGGUUCCAGCUCAUCUGCUUCAGGAAAUCCCAGACCUGUGUCUAAUGGUGUGAGUGCAAACAGCCGACCUCGCAGCACUGGCUCUACCCCGAGGAUUCCUACUUCAGUUUCAGCACAGAAUGUAAUACCACCAUCGGCAUCGUUUCAGGCCGGCAUGACGGAGGAGCAGGCUCUGCAAAGGGCGCUGGAAAUGUCUUUGGCUGAUUCCAGGCAAACAGUCCAGCCGGUCCUCAGCCCUCAGGAGCAGGAGGAUCUGGCUCUGGCUCAGGCUCUGGCUGCCAGUGAAGAAGAAUACAGACGCCAGCAGCAGAGACAACAGGGAAGGGAGUCCAAGCCGUCCACCUGCAGCCUUUCAUAACCUCAGAGCAUCAGCUAGACCUCAAAUGUGCUAAUUAUUUACAAGAAACUGUACAUUUGAGAUGUUGAUACCCAAGAUCAGUGAUUGUUCCAUGAAGACACAAGUUGCUGAGAUCUUAUCGCCUUCUACAUAUAAGCACAUACACUUUUCAGCAUUAUCUGUCAUUUUUACAAAUGAUUUGCUCUGUACAUAUUUUAUAUGCCGAUCAUGAUUAUAUUGCCACAUGAAUAUUGAAUAAAUUAAUGGUGCG